AUGGAGGAAGCUGAGCGAACACCGGGACCGAGCAGCCAUUCCCACGUGUAUAGCACAAGCAGCACAGCGCCCUCUGCCGGACACUCGGCAGCACUGCUAGUUAAAGGAACAGCGGGCUAUACCAUGUUCGCUUUCAGGGGGAGGAGGGAGAGUUUAAGCAGUUGCCCAGAGGCUGCCAUCACGCAAUGCUUGGUAUUUAGCAGCUCAGGGAGGAUAUCUCCACCUAACUGGCCCCUUAGCAGCGCUGGGUUUAGGAAAUACCCGAGAGCCUGCCAUUACUUCUGUAUAGCAGAGCCCAAGGGACCCCCCUGCAGGAUGGACCCAGCCCAGGGAGCCAGCAUUGCCUCUGCCCCACACAAUCCAGGGAGCUACCAAUACUCUGCAUGUGAUAAAAGCCAAUGUUCCAUUCCAAGUUACUGA